AUGACUGCCACUGCUUCUAAAUCUAAAGCAUUACCUGUUCAAGAAGAGGAGGAGGUUGAUGAUGAGAAUGCUCAAGCUAAAUUGAUUUCAUGUUUGGAGGGCAAUGGAAUUACUGCUGGUGACAUUGCUAAGCUGAAAGAAGCUGGCUAUUAUACAGUUGAAGAAAUUGCAUUCACGCCCAAGAAGAACUUAUUAACCAUAAAAGGUAUCAGCGAGGCCAAAGCUGAUAAAAUCCUUCAAGAAGCAUCCAAAUUAAUGGUUAUGGGAUUCAAAAGUGCCACUGAAAUUCAUCAAAUCCGAUCAAACAUUCUUUACAUCUCGACUGGAUCAACCGAGCUUGAUAGAUUACUUGGAGGAGGCAUUGAAACUGGCUCCAUAACUGAAAUAUUUGGAGAAUUCCGUACUGGUAAAACUCAACUGGCUCACACAUUAGCAGUCAAUUGUCAAUUACCCGUAGAUAUGGGUGGUGCAGAAGGCAAGUGUCUGUAUAUUGAUACCGAGGGAACCUUCAGAACAUCUCGUCUGAUAGCAGUUGCUGAAAAAUUCAAAAUAGCACCAGAAAAUGUCCUCGACAACGUAGCUUGUGCUAGAGCUUACAAUACCGAUCAUCAGACUCAACUAUUGGUGAUGGCUAGUGCUAUGAUGACUGAGUCAAGAUACGCUUUGCUUAUUGUUGACAGUGCUACAGCUUUAUACCGUACAGAUUACUCAGGUCGUGGUGAAUUGUCUGCUCGACAAAUGCACUUGGCCCGGUUUCUUAGAAUGCUCUUAAGAAUUGCUGAUGUACAUGGUGUUGCUGUUGUCAUUACUAACCAAGUCGUAGCUCAAGUCGAUGGAGCAGCUAGUAUGUUUGGUGGUGAUCAGAAGAAGCCCAUCGGAGGUAAUAUUAUCGCUCACGCAAGUACAACUCGGCUCUAUCUGAGAAAAGGUCGUGGAGAAACAAGAAUUUGUAAAAUUUAUGAUUCACCUUGCCUUCCGGAGGCAGAAGCCAUGUUUGCCAUUAAUGCAGAUGGAAUUGGAGAUGUUAAAGAAUAA